UCUAGUGAAGGCAGGAGUAGUUCAGCCUCCUGACUGACAGUCACCGUUGCUCCUCUCUUCAUUGAGAGUGUAAUUAACCUCACUUUUACACAUUGUAGUUAUUAUAAGGGGGAAAUUAAGUACAUAUGACGUUAAAAUAUAACGCUUCAGACUGUCCAGCAACCGACCGGCAUCAGUUGGGACGAGCUCGUCUGUAAUUGGCUCAGUCUGGAGGGCUGCGCUCUGUCGGUAACUUACACCGUUGGGCUGACAGUACACAACACAGUCCGAGGUCGGAAGGCCUUGAUGGUGAAAUUUCAAUUGAAAAUCCCAUAAUAAUUUCCAUAAGUGAGAGUUGAGAUACAGAGAGAUGGCAGACAGCACAGGGCUGCAGUUUGUCAGCUCUUAUGCUUUUGAAGCCAUGCAGAAGGUGGAUGUGGUGCGCCUGGGUGCCCUAAGUGACCCAGAGCUGAGGCUCCUGCUCCCCUGUCUGGUAAGAAUGGCUUUAUGUGCGCCUGCUGAUCAGAGCCAGUCCUGGGCACAGGACAAGAAGCUCAUCCUCCGCCUGCUCUCUGGAGUGGAAGCUGUCAACUCCAUUGUAGCACUUUUAUCUGUGGACUUUCAUGCCUUGGAACAGGAUGCACGGAAAGAGCAGCAGCUUAGGCACAAAGCUGGUGGCUCCAACGGUGAAAGCAUCCUGGUGUCGCAGCUACAGCAUGGCCUGACCCUGGAGUUUGAACAUAGUGAUCCCCUCAGGAGACUCCGUCUGACUCUCAGUGAACUCCUGGCCAUCAUGAAUAAGGUGGCAGACUCCAAUGGGGAGUUUUUCUUAAAGUCCUCUGAGCUCUUUGAAAGCCCGGUGUAUUUGGAGGAGGUGGCAGAUGUCCUCUGCAUUUUACAAGCAGAGCUGCCUUCCUUGCUGCCCAUCGUGGACGUGGCGGAGGCUUUGCUUCAUGUCCGCAACGGUGACUGGUUUCUGUGUUUACUGGUUGCCAACGUGCCUGACAGCUUCAGUGAAGUUUGCAGAGGCCUGAUCAAGAAUGGAGAGCGUCAGGAUGAGGAAAGUGCGGGUGGUCGGCGCAGGACUGAAGCCCUCAGGCAGCUCUGUCAGAUGAACCCUUCCCAAGCUCUCAACAUCAGAGCCAUGGUGGUGGAAGAGUGUCACUUGCCUGGUUUGGGAGUGGCACUUACUUUGGACUACAAACCAGAUACAGCGGAUGAGGCAGUCAGUCCGCUUGUGUCUUAUGUCAGCGGUCUCUUGCUGGGUACCAACAGCAAAGUGCGCACCUGGUUCAGUUUGUUCAUUCGCAACGGACAACAGCGGAAGAGAGAAAGCAGCUCCGUGCUGUGGCAGAUGCGUAGACAGUUGCUGCUGGAGUUGGUCGCCAUCCUGCCACGCUCACGCAGCACCCACUGUCUCAAUGAUGACAACAUGGAGGAUGAAGGGAGCUCAGGGUACUCUGGCCUCAGGGAGGAGCAUGUGGUGAAGGCCAGCGCUUUGCUCCGACUUUACUGCGCGCUUAUGGGCAUUGCAGGACUCAGACCCACAGAUGAAGAGGCAGAGCAGCUGUUGCAGCUGAUGACCAGCCGACCUCCAGCCACUCCUGCUGGGGUUCGCUUCGUUUCUCUGUCCUUUUGCAAGCUGCUGGCCUUCCCCACGUUGGUCAGCACUCCAGAACAAGAACAGCUGAUGGUCAUGUGGCUCAGCUGGAUGAUAAAAGAGGAGGAAUACUUUGAGAGUGCUGCAGGCGUGUCUGCUUCUUUUGGAGAGAUGCUAUUACUGGUUGCCAUGUAUUUCCAUAGCAACCAGCUCAGCUCCAUUAUUGAGCUGGUGUGCUCCACUUUGGGGAUGAAGAUUGCCAUCAAGCCCAGCUCUCUGAGCAAGAUGAAGACCAUCUUCACACAGGAGAUUUUCACAGAGCAGGUGGUUACAGCCCAUGCGGUUCGGGUUGCAGUGACCAACAACUUAAGUGCCAACAUCACAGGAUUUCUCCCCAUUCACUGUAUUUACCAGCUGCUUCGGAGCCGUGCCUUCACCAAGCACAAAGUGUCCAUUAAGGACUGGAUCUAUCGUCAACUCUGUGAGACAACCACACCCAUCCACACCCAACUGAUUCCUCUUAUUGAUGCCUACAUCAACUCCAUCCUAACUCCAGCAUCCAAAGCCAACCCUGAAGCUACUAAUCAGCCUAUCACUGAGCAGGAGAUCCUCAGCGUCUUCCAGAGCUCUGCAGGGCAAGGGGACAGUAGUCGAGGAGGACGACAGCGCUAUUCCAUCACCACACAGCUACUGAUCCUUUACUACAUCCUGUCUUUUGAAGAGAACCUGCUGGCUAGCACUAAACAGCUGGCACUGAUGCAGAGGAAGCCAAAGUCCUACUCAGCAGCUUUGAUGGACCAGAUACCCAUUAAAUACCUGGUUACCCAGGCCCAGGGGCUGCAGCAGGAGCUGGGGGGUCUGCACUCUGCCUUGCUGAGACUUCUUGCCACCAACUACCCCCACCUGUGUCUUGUGGAGGAUUGGGUGUGUGAGGAGGAGGUGACUGGUACCCUGCCCCUGCUGAGGAGGAUGAUGCUUCCCACCAAUACUUGUAGAUACACUCAGAACCAACUUCACCAGGCCUUCCAGAAGUUGCCAUCCAGCAGCCCCAGGCUCAUGCAGAUCCUGGAGCAUUUAACACUGCUAUCACCGGGAGACCUGAUCCCUUAUGCAGAGGCCCUCACAGCCAGCAUGGCUCUGCUGCUGGAGCCUGCUGUGCCCCGCCGCAUACUGCAGACCCUCAACAAGCUCUGGAUGGGUCUCAACACUGUGAUGCCCCGCAGGUUGUGGGUUAUGACAGUAAACGCCCUCCAGCCUUCAGCUAAGCUGCUUCGGCAGCAGAGGUACACUCAGAAUGACCUGAUGGUUGAUCCUCUGAUUGUUCUGCGCUGUGAUCAGAGGGUGUACAGGUGUCCUCCUUUGAUGGACAUUGUCCUACACAUGCUCAAUGGCUACCUGCUGGCCUCAAAAGCCCACCUACAGUGCCACCUGAAGGAGACGGCUGACUUUGAUCGGCAAAGUCAGACUGUUUCAAACCUGGGGGUGCCGGGACAGCCGGAUACACCUGAGGUCACCAGGGAGGAGCUGAAGAAUGCCCUUCUAGCUGCGCAGGACAGUGCAGCAGUUCAGAUUCUCCUGGAGAUUUGUUUGCCAACCUCAGAUGAGCAGCAUCUGGGAGCCACCACAGAGAGUCUUUUGAAGAGGAUUCAGAGCCCCAUGCCAGGGAAAUCAAAGCAGGAAAGCAUGGGGCCGGCAGCCCGGGGGGUCGUAGAGGACCCUGAACCAGAGGGAGGCCUGCUGAGCGACUUACGGGAGGUGCGGUGUCUCAUCUGCUGUCUGCUGCAUCAGAUGUUCAUUGCUGACCCCAACAUUGCCAAGUUGGUUCACUUUCAGGGUUACCCUCAGGCUCUGCUGCAUCUAACUGUAGCAGGCAUCCCCUCCAUCCAUAUCUGUCUGGACUUCAUCCCAGAGCUGCUGGCCCAGCCCCAGCUGGAGAAGCAGAUCUUUGCCAUUCAGUUGCUCUCAUACCUGUGCACCCAGUAUGCCUUACCCAAAUCCCUGAGCGUGGCCAGGUUGGCCAUUAGUGUCAUGGGCACUCUCCUGACAGUGCUGACUCGUGCCAAGCGUUUCUCCUUCUUCAUGCCAACUCUUCCGUGUCUGGUGGCUUUCUGCCAGGCUUUCCCUCCGCUCUAUGACGAUGUGGCAGCUCUGUUGGUACAAGUGGGCCAGGUUUGUGCUUCUGAUGUGGCCACCAAAGCCAGGGACAUCGACCCUCUCAUCGCUCGUCUGCAGAAUCUGAAACAGAAACCUCAGGAGGCUGUGCUUCCAGGGGGGGGCUCCUCAAAGCCGACUUUACCCCACAAGACAGCAGAGGAGUUGGGUGGAGCUGACCCCGAUGUCCAGCUCUGUUACUGCAUCGAAGCCACCUUCAUGGACAUUAUCAGCUCCACACUUCACGGACUAUAGAGCAGACAUGUUUUAUUUGGGAGCAGAGGGAUUUCACUUUAACCAACAACCUCAAACACUGCCUCUGAAAGAUGCGGUUAAGAGGGCUCCUGUCAACAGAAAUCAAUCAGCUGCAACAAACAGACUCUACUGUCGCCUUUGUUAAGGGCCUUCAGGUAAUGACAGGUCGUAGCUUCCUCUCAUUCUGUGCCACAUGGGUCACCAUAUCCAUUCUAGUCAGCUCAGUCUGGACUAAAGCUUUUUGUGUGAAACUAAGUAUGUCAUUAUUUGGAUUGUACUUAGAAGAUGUGUGAAACUGCUCUUUCACAAGUUGUACAAAGCACUAAAAUAAAGAAUAGGUUGAAAUUUUUGAACAUGAAAAGCUUAUUUUUCUAAUUUGUGACUCUUGUAACUUUUGCUUUAAAGUGCUAAAAUGAAAGUUUUGCUUUUACUUUUGUACUGUAUUUGUUUGUAAUAAAACAUUGGAAAUAUUUGACU